AUGCAUUACGCAGCCCAGCAUAGUAUACCAGAUCACCGAACGGGACCUGAUAUGUCACCAGAUUCAUUUGUAAGAUGGGAAGAAUUUAUGUCGGGUGUCGAUAUUACUAGAUCAAUGCUGAGAUCACCACAUCCACCUCUUCCACCUGGCCUCACCCCCGACCCCCUGUACAGUGAUCUACCAACUCCCACCUUCGAUGAAUAUAUGCACCAUCUUGCUAAGGUGUAUUCGAAUCAAGAAGUGCCGACUGCAAACACCCCACCCGUUAAAUGCGAACCUUUAUUUCCUUUCGAUAUCCAGGGAAUACCACCAAUUGGACCUCCUACACCUGGCUACCACCCUUUCCCGGUCUUGUACCAUGAUCAACGUAAUCCAGUAACAGAUGAGAUCUUCGAUAAAUAUUUCCUCUAUCUUAAAACUUGUUCUUCUCAGUUUUUACCUCCUCGCAGAAGAUACAGUUUUCCCUCUUUUGAUGUUAUGAACUACGAUCCUAGUGGCUCACAAUAUUCAUCAGAUGGAGGUUUCUCGCAAAAUUUCUCGGGUGGUCAUGAAUCAGGAUUGAGACCCGAUAUGAGACAAUAUCUGCAAUUGCAGUACAACUAUUCGGGCGGUCCCCAAAGUUCAUCAGCUGAAAGACACACACAAAAUGCCCCAGGUGGUCAUGGUCAGGAUCGUGGAUUCGGUACGAGCGACUCGGCGACAAUUUCACAUAGGAAACGAAAGCGAUCGAACACACAUCGAGGUGAUACUUCUUCAGCUCAAUCGGAACCUCUCACUGUUGACGAUAUUAUCGAAAAACUGAAUAGACCGCUUGAAGAUGAAAGAAUUGUUCCCGAAGACGUCAUUAAAAAAGUCAAGGAUUUCAUAAUUCAAAAUGGAGCAACCAUAACCAAAAUUUCUAAGUUGGUUGGAAAAAAAAUAUCACGUUUUAAAAGAUCAAAUGGGGCGUGGCAAGGCGAAAAAACCUUCUUAUGA